AUGUCUGACGAAAACGUGGAUGGGAAGCUGUAUUUAUACAUUAAGACUGCAGAGAGAGCGCACACACCAAAGUACCUAUGGGAAAGAAUCAAGCUGAGCAAGGACUACAAAAAGGCAUUGAAGCAAGUGGAUGACCAUUUACUCUACUGGAACAAGUUCCUUAUACACAAAUGCAAGCAGAGACUCACCCGGCUGACGCAAGUUGCUAUCACAGAAAGAAGAUUGGCUCUUCGAGAGGACGAGAGACACUAUGUUGGAGUGAAGCCAAAAGUGAAACGAAGAGAACAAACGAGAGAGCGCAAGGCGUUGGCUGCUGCACGUAUCGAGAAGGCAAUUGAGAAGGAAUUGCUUGAACGUCUAAAGUCCGGUGCAUACGGUGACCAGCCUCUGAAUGUCGAUUCCAAGAUAUGGAAGAAGGUGCUAGGCAAGGUUGAAGAGCACGAGGAGGAAGAGUCUGAUUUCGACUCGAACGACGAAAUCGAGCUCGAGACCGACGAGGAGGACGAAUCGGACGUUGGAGAGGUGGAAUACGUCGAGGCCGAGGACGACGAGGACGAGAUGGUCGACAUGGAGGAUCUGCAGAAAUGGUUGCAAGAUGGCUCGGACGCGUCGUCGAGCGAUUCGGAGGACGAGGAUGAGGAUCGGGACGAGCCUCAGAAAAAGAGAAAGAGGCCUCGCAUUGAGAUCGAGUACGAGGAGGAACCUAUGACCAAUAUAGCGGCAUGA